UUAUAGAAAAUUGCACAACAACUAUUCACAGUUUCCUAUAUUCCCCGCAUCUUGUUGUAAUAUAUUUUGUGCAUGGCUAUUUCCCGUAUUCAAAUGCAUCCACAAUACCCAACACCACGACCAUUGUAGAACCUGCUAAAAUUUAUGAAUGUAUUCAAAGUUAACUACUUUUUUCAACGGUGUUUAAGAGUCAUGUGAUACUUAUGUUUGCGAGAAAAUUGUUUUCUGAUACCAAUACAUGGUAAACAAUUAGUGUUAUAUCGUAUCCACACAAAGUUUUUAAACAAAACUCGCUGAUAUUUUUCAAGAAUAUCAUCACACGCUUAUACACAUUACCAUAAACCGCAUGUCGUCAUCGUCGUCACAACACACAAUAUCCCUACUACUCAGCGACAAAGGCUACAUAUACAAAAAAAACAUCUCGUUAUGUGUAUAUGUCAAUGGAACCAACCGGUCUGACUGUUUCCCUCAUUUUCAUAUCGAGCGUCAUCUACCCAUCUCAUUCCAUCAAAAUUGUUUUCGCUGUUUUACUUGUUUCCAACUUCAGUUCGAGUUUACCAUUCACAUCGUACAGAUGGAUUUUAUUUACCGAGCGUGUUUUAUUCAAUACAUUAAGUGAAACAACUUCAUAGUCUGUAUAAUCAAGUGACGUGGACGUGGUUUAUAUUUGAAAAUCGAAAGAAAAAUUCGAUUUUGGAAAUUCAUUUCGUUUGAUAAAGUGUUGACUCUAAUGCAUAUGGAUUACAAAAUUUUAGAGUCAUCAAGGAUUAUUGACAAAUAUUUUGUUUAAUUUUUUUUUUUCAAAGAAACUCUACACAAGCAAUUUCGUGUGAAUGAAAUAAAUUUUUUGAAAAGAGUAGUUACAACCACAGAAAAGGAAUGAUAUUUUUGUAAAUAACUUUAAAGUGACGUUAAUGGGUGUUGGUUAAAGUAAUGUUCAUAAAAAUAGUGCACCGAUAAUCGUUUUUUAAUCACUCAGAACGUACUAUUUCGUUAAAAUAAUUCCUUUUCAAAUAAAUAUGUCGAAACUAUGUUGAUGGUGUGUACAGAAAAAUAUAUCGAAAGAGAGGAUUCAAAUGCAAAGUUUAAUCAUAAAUACGUCAUAAAACGAAAGUAAAUUCAAUUCACAGCGCAUACAAUCUUCUUUUUUUGCCCACCAAAGCAUUAACACGGAGAAGUUUGGCCGUGAUGCAGUUUUUCAUUGAUAAUGGCAUAUGCAUCUAUGUGCAAAUUGAUUGUUCUCUAAUCAUUCAUCAAUUUCUUAAUUGUGGUUAAUUGGAAAAAUGAAUAAAUUUUCCAUUGAUUGAAUUAUGUAAAUGUGAUUUGUUGUUAUAAUUACUGGUAAAACAAAAAAAAAGAAAAGAAAAGAGGAAAAAAUUGAGAAAAAUUUCAUUUUCAAUAAAUGUUUAUGUGUGCAAGUUCAUAAAAUAUUUAACAAAAUACAAAUAAACCGUUUAUGUGGUGAUCAACAGUAAUAUACACAUCCAUAUGUAUUAUAUAUACAUCUUUCAAUAAUAUACACCACAGUGGAAAAAUAAGCGAUUCAUAUGUGAUUUUAAAAUUUAUUUCAUUUAAUUUUUUUUUUGUGAAAGUGUUGUGGAAAGAAAAAAUUUUCUUUUUCUUUUUCAUUUGCAGCUUUAUUGUGUGCAAAAUUGUGAUUUUCGACUGCUUUCUUUUCGGAUACAGUUUUCGUUAGCGCCUCAAAAUUUGGGAUUAUUUUUCAGAACUGGUGGCUGGUGUAUCAGCAACCACGGAGCAAUCUUCUGCUCCUUCUGUGCCUCAACAGCUCACAGAUGAGCCCCACAUGUCAAUUGCGGCCGAAAAUGCAGGGCUUGGCCCUUGUGAACUACCACUGUCGGACCAGUGGCUAUCUCAUACGCACUUGUCACAAAUAUCAUCUAUCAAUCAUCAAUCAGCCAGUACAAUAAAUUUGGUUGGCCAACAACAGCAACAGCAGCAACAACAAACUAAUCAGUCUCAGUCGAAAAUAAUGAACGUUGUGGCAUCGCAAGUGGCAUGUCCACCAGCUUCUGCUCCAAAAAAGAUUCGGCGCAAAUCAGAUAAUAAGCCACAAUCUCAAAUAAACAAAUGUAACAAUGAAAAAAGACGUCGAGAACAAGAAAAUGAAUAUAUUGAACAAUUGGGCGAAUUUCUUCAGAUCAAUAAGAGGGACAUGACCUCUUCCAAACCUGAUAAAGCAGCUAUUUUAAACGAGGUCGUGAAAACGUACUGCCAACUGCUUGAAAAAGGUUCACGCGAAUUAGCCGCCCGCUGCACUAAAUGUCCCCCAAAUUGUGCUGAUUCAUGUACUGUGCAUCCUGUACAACAGGGUGAAGUGUCGUCAACGGAACCACCAUUACCCGAACCGUCUGUGAACGGUCAAAAUCCUGAAAUAUCCGCGUACUUUGAAGCCGUCGAACAUUACAUCUCUUCAUCAGGUUGGGCAUUGCUUAAAAUCAAUGCUGAAGGAAUCAUCGAAACGGUCACCGAAAAUAUUAAAGAUUUGAUUGGUUUCACCCAAGUCGAUUUGCAAAAGCAACCAAUUUAUUCGUACCUGCAUCCUGGCGACCAUGCCAAAUUGAGUCCGACAUUGAAUAAUAUGUCAUUUGCCCUUGGAUGGGAUCAAGAUGAUGGACAACCAACCAAGCGACCAAUAAAGUCGAGAAUACGUAUGCUAGUUAAACAUCCAGACGGUGCUAAUGAGACGAUGGAACAGAAGCAACAACGACAAGACAAAUACGAAGAACUUGUUAUAUUUGCGGCACCAUUUAACAAAGAUACCGGUGAUGACAGUUCACCAGUUUUGUGCUUGAUUACACGACCUGAAGACGAGCUACCAAUUGAAUCAACUAUGCAGCAACGUAGUAUUGAACAAUUUACAUUAAAAAUCGACACAAACGGUAAUAUCAUAAAUGUAAACGCUCAGGGUUUAAGAAAUGUGUAUGCCUCUAAUUUAACCAAAGAUACUCCAAAAACAAUUAUGGAUUUGUGUCAUAUCCAAGAUCUGCCUCGGCUCGAGGCACAUAUAAAUGAAGUGAAGCAAUUAACGUUGGCUAUGUCCUCACCGUAUCGAUUACGCAUUGGUGGUCCGGAUAAGUACGUUCACGUGAAAGCCAAUUCUAGAUUAUUUCGAGGACAGCGUGAAAGUGAAUUCAUUAUGUCUGUGAAUACCAUUUUAAGUGAUAAUGAGGUGGUAUCGCUCGAAACAAUGUCCUGUAACACGACAUUAUCGUUACCUGGUACCAGUCAUUCGUCAUCAUCGUCAUCGUUCGGCAUGGGUGGCCCAUUGAUGACGAGCGUUAUCAAUGGCAACGGCAAUGGAACGAUGGCACCAUUUAAGACAGCUCGAGCGAAUAGUUCGGUUUCAUCUUUUUCGAGUCCACCAACCGAUAAUUUAUAUUCGGAUUCGUUUGACUUCCCAUUAAUGGAUACAUUUGACAUCGAUCCGGUUGGCGGUGGAUGGGAUCAUAGACCAGAUUCGAGAACAAGUGUUACUCCAGUUAGUACACCUCGUCCGCCAUCGGUACCAGCAUUUAGUCCAGCUGCAUCCAUUUGCCCUUCUCCGUUGACCUCGUAUCAUUCGAAUGCUGGACAACCCAGUCCGAGCAACAAUAAUAAUAACAACAACAAUAACAACAACAUAAAUAACAAUAACACAAGUGGUUACAGCUCUUAUUCAUACCUCACAUUUGAUGACAAAGACGCAGUGAAGGAUCAAAUUCUUAUGCAGCAACAGCAACAACAAUCAAAUCAACAGCAACAACAAAGUAAUCAUGAUUCCGAAAGAUUACGUCUGUUGUUAACAACGAAACGACCUCACUCAAAUACCUCUUCUUCAGAUCCAGAGCUAGAGCAACGAAGUGCAAACAAAAUUCUUAAAGGACUUUUGAAUGCUGAUGAGGAUAAGGACAACAAAUUUAAUCAAACACCUCCACGUUUAACACAGCCAGCUCAACGUCAAAGACAUGAAAGCAAAAACACCGGCAACAAUAUGUUGCUGCAAUUAUUGAAUGAAAAAAGUGAUGAAGAUGACGGAUCUGACGCAAGAUGUGGUCUCGCUCCUUCCAGUGAACUUCUCAAACAAUUACAGAAAGGUGAUAGCAUGAAGAAGCACAACAUUGGCGAUGCUGCACUCAUACAAAAGUUGCAAAUUCAAGGAAGUGAUUAUGGUGUUCGUGAUCGAUCACAUAGUGAGACUGAUGAUGGUUCAACUGAUAAAAGACCGGAAAACAAACCGUCGAAGCUACGUGAAAAGAACAAAAUGCUUGCGUCAUUGUUAUCGAAUCCAUCAAGAGCGCCAGCAUCAUUUCCAGCUCCUCGUGUUAAAACUAUUCCGGAUAUUCCACAAACUCGUACAGGUGGUGGUAAACAGAUGCAAUCACAGCAGCAACAGCAAAUGAUGCAUCAUAACCGUAUUCAAAUGAAUGCUGGCAUACGACCACAACAACAACAAAUACAUAAGCCUUCCGACAUCUACCUCAACCUCAACCAACAAAUGCCAACUCAAGAUAUAAAUAAAAAUCAGCUUAUGCAACAGCACUUAGGCUCAAUUCGACAACAACCCUUUCAUGUCGAUCAACCAUUAUACGGCUCUUCACCUUCUGUACCUCCUAAUCAGCAACAAUCUGAAUGUGAUCCUGAAUUAUCGGAUAUAUUGAACAUUUACAUCGAGCUGGAACAGUCACGAAAUAAUAUCGCUACCCAGCAACAGCAACAACAAGACGAAGCUAUUGCCAUCACAGAAAUUACGAAAUCCUUGAUUGAAUGUGAAAAGGCUGUUGGAUGUACAAGUGCCGACAAUGCAGCUGGACGAAUAAAUUAUUCUGGCAGUCCACCUGCGUACCCAAUUCAAUCUGGAAAUUUACAUUCGAUAGCGUCUCAACAACCAAACAACCAACAGAACUUUCCACAACCCCCUAACUACAACAAUCGACAGGUACGACAACAAAUUGUUUCGAAUCCGAGUCCUCAACAUCGACUACAAUUUCAGCAAACAAGAGCAUUACAGCAACAGCAACAACAAAAAGAGCUCUUCGCUCUACAAAAAGAGCAAAAAGAGCGUCUAUUACAACAGCAACAGAAACAGUCGUUGGUUGUUCCUUCGAAUGCAACUGCUGGCGCUGAACUAUGUAUAACGAACUAUGAGUCGCUGCUAAACAAUGUGCCGCCAAAUGUUUCACUACAAAGGAGCAACAACGUGGUUCCUGAUUCUCAAUUAAGUCCAGGUUUCACUCCAAACAUGAUGCAGCUCAGUCCGAAUCAACAAAGGGCUCAAUUCAGUCCUCAACCGAAUUCCGUUGGGUAUCAACAAUUUGGCAACAACGGGCAAGUACGACUGUCGCCUCAACAACAACAAAUACUAAAUCAGCAACAAAUGUCCUUCCAAGCGGGCGCUAAAACGAGUAGCAACCCACAAUUGUCGCCAAGAACACCUACAUUUUCUCAGAGUAAUCCGAAUGCCCAAACUCAACCGAAUCAACCUCAACAGCAUCAGCAAUCCCCAUUGCAACAAACACAACAACAACAACAAUGGAGUUCCGCUGGAAAACAGCCACAUAUGGCCGGAAUGAAUCCUACCGCAUCGAACCCAAGAUUGUCCAUGCAACAACAACAAAACCCGAUGCUAAAUGCACAAUUACAAAUAUCACAGAACGUCAGCCCCGCUAAUUAUCCCAAUCAACGUCAACCGUAUCAAGCGCAACGGCAACGUUCCAUCAAUUCGCCGGGUGCAACUGCUACCAGACAAAAUUCGUUCACCGAUGGAUUUCCGGGGCCGCCAAGUCCAACACAAAAUCAGUUCACCUCAACCAUCUACAAAAAUCCUAUGUCAGAGCUUCGUCUGCUUCGUCAAACGAGCGUUCCACAAGCUACACAACAUUUGCCUGGAUCACCAUCACGACCGUAUGGUGGGACAGAUACCGGUGCCUAUGGUAUGAUGUUCAAUAAUAUGCAACAUCCUACUGGAACAUCAAGCGAUUAUUAUAAUCGCAACACGACUGGUGGCAAUGGUAACAUGAACUCUUCCGAAUUCGUACGCCAAGAACUUCGAGCUGUUGUGAAUAGUCGAUCGCAACAAUCGAAUCAGAGCCCACUCGGUAACAGCGGUGGUGGAAUGGGCCAAGGACCAAUGGUUGGCAAUAACAAUAACAAUCAAAUGAAUCUGGCCCAGCAACAAAUGUCCGGAACACCCAUUCUGAAUACGACAACCGAUCCGACACUUGGUUUCAAUUUCGAAAUGACGCAAACUGGUACUUCAGUUAUUGAUUCAAAGCUAUCUACUACUCAAUGGACAACUGGCGAUACGGCAUCUUCCGUUUCGUUGAUGCCGAUUACUACGGAGGAAGUACCAACCGGUGACCCUAAAAACUCAUCGCUACUUCUCCAAAAAUUAUUAUCUGAAUAAUUAAAGUGUUUAGUUAAAUAAAUGACCAAAAA